AUGGCAGCCGAGAAUGCGGAUGUGCAUCAAUUAGACAGUUUCCAGGAAUGGACGGAUUCCUACGUGAAGUUCAUUUAUUGCGCGGACGAUAAGAAUGCGCAGAGGCAUCAGAGUGGAUGGGCGAUGAGGAACACCAACAAUCACAACUGUCACAUCCUGAAGAAAUCCUGCCUUGGAGUCAUGGUUUGCACCAACGACUGCUCACUGCCCGAUGGAAAAAAGAUCUAUCAGAGACCCGCCAUAUGUGACAAGGCACGACAGAAGCAGCAAAAGAAGUGCUGUCCACACUGUGGGGCUGCCUUGAGCCUGCUACCGUGUCGAGGGCACGGGGGUUACCCCGUCACCAACUUCUGGAGACAUGAAGAAAAAUGCAUCUUUUUUCAGGCUAAGGGCAUGCAUGAUCAUCCUAGACCAGAGACAAAGACAGAAGCUGAAGCAAGGAGGUCCAUCAACAAAAAGAGACCAUAUACUGAAAAUGGAUGUUAUAAAGACAAAAGGGAACUGCAGUCAUUAACAGGGAUAACUGAAUGUGAAGGAGCUCAAGCAACGUUUACCUCCAACAACAGAAGCAUUUUCUCCAGUCUCUAUGUCAAUAAAAACCUGGAAGAUUGUUUUGCACUGGAGAACGUUCCCAACAAUCAGUGCCUGUCGUACACCAAUGGGCAUGAUUUUGGAAAGUCGACCUACCUUUACGAUCCUUGUGAAAUGGAUAUUAGCAGGUUUUACAGCAGGUGUGCACAAUAUAGCGGAGGGUGCCAAUAUCCUGGGAAUUACAGUAGCCCCGGAACAAACUGCAGUACAAAUUAUGAGUGCGGAGAGUAUCCCAACUGGAAUAAAAUUCCUUUAGGGAAGACUGCUUACAGCAAUUCUUUUAUCAGAUAUUCUCAAGGUCCGUCAGAGACUGGCAACGAAGCUGCUAGCCCCAAAAACCUACGAGAUCCAGCACUGCACACACAAUCUGCAGCAAGCAACGUGAACAAAAUGGUCUACCAAACCUCAAAGCCCAAUCUGGAUGAAUACGGAGAUUAUGUAUAUGACACGAUGUUCCUGCAAAAUCAGAGCACCUACAUACCUGCAGCCAUGUACCCUGUGUAGGGGUCUACCACCAAAAAGAUUAACCGUUCUGGGAAGCGUGGAAGAAAGGUGCCAAUAUCGCUCACCAACAAACUGCAACCAGUUGAUCCUUAACUAAAACAUCAAUGAAGUGAAACCGAGAAUUAUUUAACUUUCCAGCCGUAUGUUACUAAACACCUCUCCAUCUUAAGAUACAACUCAUUUAAAGGAACUGCAAUCGGAUAUGGGAUUGACUUUUCCAGAGAUUUAACACUAAAUAUUGGGUGACAUUUUCAGCUUUAUAUAAAAGACCAUUAAAAAAAAAAGUAACAGGAACUUGACAGCUAAGGUAGUAUAUUUGAACAAGGACCAACAUUUGUGUUAGUGCAACGUUCCGCAGCAUGUUGUGAUAACCAUUAUCUUUGACAAAUGAUAUCUGAUCAAAGCUUUCUGAAAUUUGGUACAGCAACAACGAUAUAUCAUGUGUUCUCCAGUGUACAUAAAUGGCAGCAAUAUAGUCAGAGAGAUACAGUGUAGAAACAGGCCCUUCAGCCCAACUUGCCCACACCGGCCAACAUGUCCCAGCUACACUAGUCC